AUCUCAUAUCAAUAGUGGACGGGCUCUUUGAGCAACAACGUGUGGCAACAUCAGCGACUCGGGACUUCUUUUCUAUAUUCUGUGAUAUUUUUAUUAAUAAGUAGGUCAUGAAGUGUUUUAUAGUGUUGGGUCUCUUGGCCGUAGCGUCGGCUGGAGUCCCUCAAUUGGCGACUUAUUCUUAUGCCAACCCCGCUGGAGUUACGUAUCGUGGUACUGGACUCUCUCCAGGCUUCGCUUUCGGCCCAGCUCAACCAGUCGCUCAGUACGCCGCCCCCGCUCCAGCGCUCCAAUACGCAGCAGCUGCCCCCCAAUACGCUGCCGCCCCAGUGGCUCCAGCACUUCAAUAUCACCAUGAAACCCCAGCCGUUCAAUAUCACCAUGCUCCAGCUGUGGCUGUCACCCAAAAGGUUGGCUAUGCCCACCACCAAGUUCCAAUCCAGGUUCCCGGAGUUGCUGAUGUUCCAGUGACCAAGCUCGCUUACACCCAAGGAGUCACCCAGAAGUUGAUUGAUGUUGCUCAACCAGCUGUGACCAACCGACGUGUCAAAGUCCGACGACCAGCUCUCCGAAAGGAAUUCUACGAUAUUGAGCACCGCGUCAUUGUCCGUCCAGCAGGAUCAGCUACUCUCGAGUUGAGCCAGCCAAUCGCCAAAGAACAAAAGGGACCCGCUGUCUUGACCCCAACCAACUACCAGCAAAUUGCUCCCGUCGUCCGAUAUGGUCUCGGUCGUCAGAUCAUUGAUGGACAAGGAGUGUCUCAGCUCGCUCAGGUUCGUGCCAACCUGGCCAGAGGCAUCGAAUCCGGUCCAGCUCCAGCUCCAGCUCCCCUUCAACGAGCCCCACAACAACAACCCGAAUUCAGAGCUGCCCCCGCUCCCCCACAACCGGAAUUAAGAGCUGCUCCACAACCCGACUUCCGACCUGCCCCUCAACCUCAACCUCAGCAACCAGAAUUUAGAGCUGCUCCUGCCCCACAACCUCAACAAUUCCAACAACAACCUCAACAAUUCCAACAACAACCUCAACAAUUCCAACAACAACAAGACGCAGAACAAGAGCAAUUCAACCAACAACAACUUCAGCGACAACAAGAAUUCCAGCAACAUCAACAACAACAAAGACAACAGCAAUUUCAGCAACAAGCUCAACCUCAACCUCAACAACAAGGUCCCGAACUCCGAUCCGCUGCCCCAGCUCCAGCUCCACGACUCCAACCUCUCCAAUUGAGACCACAAGGUCAACCACAACCUCAACCUCAACCACGACCCCAACUCCAACGCUCUGCUGAUGCUGAAAUCAUUGAUGCUGAUUCUGCCCCAGCUGCAGCCCCACAACCACAGCAACCCCAACAAAUUGUCCCACAACAAGAGCAACAACAAGGUCCAGCUCAAGGUACCCGACUUUCCUUGAGGGAAAUGCCCGUGGAAAUCCAAGCCCGCCUUUUGGAACUCUUGUCUGCAAAGGGAGGUACUGUGACCGAAGUCCUUGGAGAGAAUGGAGCACCAAACUCAGCUUCCGUCUUGCAAGUUGCUGAUUCUCUGCAGGACUUGAAUCUUCAAGGAGGAGAGAGAAUUACCACCCGAAGAAUAGUUGUCACUCGCCCAAUCGAAACCGUUCAAGAGGUUGACAUUCAGGAACCGGCAACCAAGAUACUUACAAAGGCGGUAAACGUACCGACUCUUUUCAAGACCCCAAUCCAAGGAAUUGCCCGUGUUCCAGUUUCCGUUCCUGGAGUUAAAAAUGUUGCCACCCCAGUAUUGCAGACCACGUAUGCCGCUGGAGUUCCAUCCUAUCAAUACGGAGCUGCCCCAGCUUAUGCCUAUUAAAUUAUUACGUUAAUCUAUUAUAAUAGUAAAUAGAUUGUUUUAUAUUUGGGAGGAUAACAUUCUUCUGGUCACAUGUUAUGUCGUAAAAAAGAUUCCCAAAGGCGAAAUACAAUAAAUCCAAAAGGGAAUUUAACAGAAUAA